AUGCGGCUGAAGCUGGGCUUCCUGCUGCGCGCCGUGCUGCUGGCGGGCAGCUUCUUGGGGCUCCUGCUGCUCUGGUCCUCGCUGUCGCCCCGCACCGAAGAGCCGCUUCCCCCGGGACGGACGCGGGAUGACAAAGAAGCCAACAGACCCAUGCCAAACAAAGGAGACCAUGGACUAGGAAAUGAGAAGUUCAAACCCGUGGUACCUUGGCCUCAUGUUGAAGGUGUAGAAGUGGACUUGGAAUCCAUUCGAAGGAAAAAUAAGGCCAAAAAUGAACUAAAUCAUCAUGGUGGUGUUGAUAACAAACAGCAAAACAUCAUCCAGAAGCAGUAUCUCACAUUUAAGCCUCAGACGUUUGUAUACCGAGAUCCUGUUUUACGACCUGGAGUCCUUGGUAAUUUCGAACCCAAAGAGCCUGAGCCUCAUGGAGUUGUUGGUGGCCCUGGAGAGGAAGCAAAGCCAUAUGUUUUAGGACCAGAUUACAAAGAGUCCAUUCAAGCCAGCAUUAAAGAGUUUGGGUUUAAUAUGGUGGCAAGUGAUAUGAUCUCACUAGAUCGGAGCGUUAAUGACUUGCGUCAAGAAGAAUGCAAAUACUGGCAUUAUGAUGAUAAUCUGCUCACCUCCAGCGUUGUCAUUGUCUUCCACAAUGAAGGAUGGUCCACACUCAUGAGGACAGUCCACAGUGUCAUUAAAAGAACACCCAGGAAGUACUUGGCAGAAAUCGUGCUGAUUGAUGAUUUUAGCAACAAAGCACACUUACAAGAGAGGCUGGAUGAGUAUAUUAAGCAGUGGAAUGGCCUUGUAAAGGUAUUUCGAAAUGAGAGGAGAGAAGGUUUAAUCCAAGCUAGAAGCAUUGGAGCCCAGAAGGCUAAACUUGGACAGGUUUUGGUUUACCUGGAUGCCCAUUGUGAGGUGGGAAUUAAUUGGUAUGCGCCACUUAUAGCUCCUAUAUCUAAGGACAGAACCACAUGCACUGUGCCACUUAUAGAUGUCAUAGAUGGCAACACUUAUAAGAUUAUGCCCCAAGGGGGUGGUGACGAAGAUGGGUUUGCUAGAGGCGCAUGGGAUUGGAGUAUGCUGUGGAAGAGGGUUCCCUUGACCAAGCGAGAGAAGGAAAGCAGAAAGACAAAAACUGAACCGUAUCGGUCCCCUGCAAUGGCUGGUGGAUUGUUUGCCAUUGAACGUGAUUUCUUCUUUGAACUGGGUCUCUAUGAUCCAGGCCUUCAGAUUUGGGGUGGUGAAAAUUUUGAAAUUUCUUACAAGAUCUGGCAGUGUGGAGGAAAACUGUUGUUUGUUCCCUGUUCUCGUGUUGGACACAUCUACCGUCUCCAGGGUUGGCAAGGAAAUCCUCCUCCGGUGUACGUUGGGUCUUCUCCUACAUUAAAGAACUAUGUCAGAGUUGUAGAAGUGUGGUGGGAUGAAUACAAAGACUACUUCUAUGCCAGUCGGCCCGAAACAAAAGCACUACCCUAUGGAGAUAUAUCUGAGCUGAAAAAAUUCCGUGAAGAUCACAACUGCAAAAGUUUCAAGUGGUUUAUGGAAGAAAUAGCAUAUGAUAUAACUUCAUAUUAUCCCUUGCCACCUAAAAAUGUGGACUGGGGAGAGAUUAGAGGCUUUGAAACUGCUUAUUGCAUUGAUAGCAUGGGGCACACCAACGGUGGCUUUGUUGAGCUUGGUCCAUGCCACAGGAUGGGAGGAAAUCAGCUUUUCCGAAUCAAUGAAGCUAAUCAACUCAUGCAGUAUGAUCAGUGCUUAACUAAAGGACCAGAUGGAUCCAAAAUUAUGAUUACACACUGUAAUCAGAAUGAAUACCAGGAUUGGCAGUACUUCAAGAAUCUACACAGAUUUACUCAUAUUCCAUCAGGGAAGUGCUUGGAUCGCUCCGAAGUCCUCCAUCAAGUUUUCAUUUCAGAGUGUGACUCCAGUAAAGCAACACAAAAAUGGGAAAUGAACAACAUCCUCAGUGUGUAGACAAACGAAACCUACCUACUGACACAUUAAUUUGUACAGGACUCAAAAUAGCCUGAAAACUGCUGCAAUUAUUAACUUUGUACAGCUGCGAGCCUCCUGGGUUGGAUGAAGGACAUAGAGGAACUGUGAUUAUUACAAUAACAUUAUCAUCCGCAGUUAAUGUUUACAAAACUGCUUUACCUUAAACUCUGUAGAUGUUUACAUCCUUUUGUUUCAAGAUGUUGAUAAAUUAAUGUGCUGUUAGCUAUGGUUUCAUAGGAACAUAGCUAAAGGCGUUGUCGUCUUCUUUGGGAUUACACUCAGGGGUCUGAAGGCAGUUUUUUUACACACACUUGAAAAGGUUGGAGUAACCAGAUUUUCAUAGAACUUGGUGAUUAUCAACCUGUUGUAUAUUUUUAUUUAAUUUUACAUCCUACUAAGCACUGCCACAGGUUAUUAGCCAGGGUGGCCUUCUCUCACAGUCAUGCUGCUUUUUUGGAAGGUGGAUUUCAACAUAUUUAGUGCCUCUUUCAUUUCUCUCUUUCACAAGAAAAGCAUUUGUUGGAAAUUAAACAAUGGACUUUUCUGAGCUGUCACCAAGGGUAGGGACCAACCAUGCUACCCCAUGUCAUUACUGUGUGAUCAAAGACAAAUUUCUAUUGCCAGUUUGGCUGCUCUACUUUGACUGGACACUUUGUACAGCGUGAAGAACUUAAUGUCACGUUUAGUGCUAAUGUGGUACGUUUUGUUGGAAGUCAGCACCCUCGUGAUUCCAGUUCAGAAUUUAUAAGCACUAACUUGCUUGUUUAAACCAUGCCUUGCAUAAAAAAAAAUCAUUAUUAAAAAACAAAGAAAUAAAGCUGCACAAUUAUGUAAAACUUAAAAAGAAUCUAAUGCUUCAUUUGAUUUGUUAUUUUAAAUGGAAAUCACCUAGAGGUGGACUAAAACUUUGAAUUAGGAAAAAGCAUCCCGCAUCUUAACACAGCUGCGUAAUUCUUUACGAGGACAUCUGUCAACUAGUUUGGAUGCCAGAUUUAGAUUUGAAAAGAGAAAUGGAAAUCCUGAAACCACAUUUGUUCAUACUAAUUUUCUUCUUCUUUUGGAAGAAUGGAAGUCAUUGGAAACUUCUCCUGAGGGACUGCAAACACAAAAUAAAACCACUUGGUGCUAUAGUGUACAGAAUAGAAUGUGAAGAAGUUUCUAAAAAUGCUCUGGAAAGGAGCUGAUGCAAACACCCUUAGGAGUAUAAAUAUUUACUCUGAAUGAGCAGAGGUGGAGGAGAAAUGACUUAUCCUCACUUCCUUAUUCCAGAUUUUGUGACUUAAAUGUUGACAUCAUGUACUGAUUUCAUAAGAGUCAUGCCUAGAAUAUGUCAUACUAUUAAAUAUAACUAAAUACUUCCCUGAAGUCUAGAACAGCAUUGCAUGCAGCUUCCAUUGGUGUUAACAAGGGUUAUGUAUCAUAUUUGGUGACAGAUUUUGAUCUUUAUAGGGCUGUCUGCACUGAUCUAUUAGUUUGGGAUCUUCCUAGUUUCUUUAAACUUCUCAUCUGUCCUUUGAGAGCUAUGAUAAAAUAGAAAAUAAAAGAGGGAGAAACUGGAAAAAAAAGGAAAAUAAGGGGGUGUGCCGGUACUUGUUCCUUGUGUGUAUGAAAACUGACUCCAUUUUUGUGUAUUGGGUAGAUUAAUUUAAUCAUACGACUAUGCAUAAGAGAAAGAAUGGUGGCACAUAAAUUGUGCAGGUGUGCAUUUUAAAUGGGUAUUUUGUGCAAUUCAUUGAAAGCUGAUGCUGUAUGUGAAUAUGAAUCUGUAUGUGAGACUGAAACCUUACAAGACAUGAGAUCACAAGAAGCUGUUGCUGUAAUGACCUUUUCCUGCUAUAGCCGGCUUGGAAAAAAAUAAUUCCCAUAUUCUUGCUUUGUAAGUUGAUAAUAUCACUAUGCAUUUCUACAUAUUUUAUAAAUUUGAUUUAUGCAGAUUUUUGAUACACUGUAUGUUUCUGUAGAAAUUGUAUAAAUCUUUAAAAAAUUUAUUAGGGAUAAAUCGGGGAAACCUAUGUAUAUCUUACCUAUGGGCUGCUUGUUUUUUAGGUGAAGUAAAUAAAAGAUUUGGAUUUUUGGGUUUACUAUA